UUAACACAGGGUUGAGUAACACUCGGCCCAAGUAAAGAUGACUAGAGGAUGUCUUGGGACGGAUGGUCCUUUAAAGACAUGAGACCGGAAUAUAUAUCGCUGGGGUUCAUAGGCGUAUAUAUCCUGCUUCUCCUCCUCGUAUGGGCUAUCCUGUUGUUUACCAAGAGACGCUGCAAACGAGACCAAAGGCUGAAUGACCUGUCCUUCAGCAUAUUGGACAUUGCUGCAAUCUACGAGAACCAGGGUGAUGCUGUACCCUUAAGAAAGCAGAAGAGAAGCGAAAGCAACUCAGACACAUCAUCAAAUGAGAGUGACGGUCAUUCGUAUGAGUAUUUAGGUGCACAAAGGCCUGUGUCAAAUGAUUCUUGUGGUGCAGCAUCUUCUGAAGAAUCUAUUAAAGCAGUAACAGAAUUUGCAGUAACUGGUAGGCCUCAACCCCCUCAACCCCCAAAGAAAUGUUCAACAUUGAGCGGAAUCCUACUGAAGAAACUCGGUCGUGGAUGGCGUAAAAGCGAUAAUCGUUUUAAAUCUAACUACAAAGGAGCCCUGGCACGUGGAAGUGUCAGUUCAAAUCUAACAAAUGAUUACGUUCAUGUAGACGACAGCAGGGGAGACAGCACAGUAUCUACUUUCGAAACCAGCAAGAUGGCGUACCUUUCCAACACUAAGAAAACAGACACAUUCGUACCUGAUGAAGACGAAAACAUGGAUAUUGUCCUCACACGAGUUACUCCGGAAGAGGGAGAUGAUGUUAUCCUUCGAGAAUCAUUAGAUGCGAAUUCACGUCAAUCUGCAAUGUCUACACUUUUCAGAAAAUCCUGGCUCGACAUGCCACCCGCAGCAGAUGCGGACUUUGGGUCCGUGUACGCAUCUGCUGGCUCAGUUGUUUCCAUGGAAACAGAAGGGAUGUUCAUACCCGAAGAGGACGUUACCCAUCCCAUAUUGGAAAGUGGUGUGCCAAAUAUCCAGGAAAUGUCUCAAAACAUCAUUGAUAUGAUCAGUGAUAAUUUUUCCUCAAAGAAUAAUAAGGAAUCUCUUGAUGACUGUGAUCUGCCGGGGUCAGCAGGAAAAUCCACUGUAUCACUCUUGCCUAAAACGAAAACCUUGCCUCUUUCAAGAAACUUGCUCGAGUUACAUCCAGCAUCAAACGAAACUACCAAAACACAUGAUGCUCACUUUGGGCGUGCUUCUACAACAUCACAGUCUUCAGAAUAUGAUGAACUGACAAGUAUUGAAAUGGAGUCCCAGAAAAGGCAGUUCUCUUAUACUCGUGGUCAAAUGCAACCAUCCGGACCAUCUACACUUCCACGACUGCCACUAAAAGCCAAAACCAGUCAUCUUUCGCGGAACCUCUCGGAUGCUCGUCGUUCACGUCAAAGAGAACCUAAGGUUGAUGAUUUAUCUUUUCCACCAAUCCCGAGAUUGUCGGAUACCUAUGAAAAUAAGGAGAAACUGCUUGGAAUGAAGGAAAAGGGUGCUGAAAAUGAAGAGGUAUCAACAGUUCCCAAACUGCCUUCUUUCCCUCCAAUACCAAAAUUAACCAAGAGUCCUGGAAACUUAAGAGAAACGGAUAAACCAUCAGACCCACCUGAUGUGAAAGAAUACCCAUCCCUUACUUCCUUGUGCAGUUCUGGUCGUCAAAAUGAAAUGUCUUCAAAUGAAACGAUACCAAUACAGAAACGUCCACUACCACCACUGCCAAAACAGGCCUGCCAUGGACCACCCGAGAUAUCACCACAGCCUAUCAGGUCAAAGCUAGCUGAUCAUAGGUUUGGUGACAGAGAUAGCACAUUUUCAGAUAGUCGAGGUUCCUCAUCUAGCCGCCGAGGCUCCUCAUCUAGCCACCGAGGCUCCUCAUCUAGCUGCCGAGGCUCCACAUCUAGUGACGAUCUACAGACCUUUGAUGGGGACUAUCAAAAUUCUGGUCAACGGCCAACUUCCUCAUCACUGAAACCAGCAGGCAAAGGCGGUCCACCACCUCCACCACCACGAAAAGAUUCCAAACUCACCACACAAACCAAAGCAAUACCCAAAUCUGGUCCUACUCCAGUCAAUUUCAUGGCGUUUUCACAAGUAACGAAGCAACUCCAGGAAAAACUUGCAAUGAGGUUACCAGGCCAACCAUCGCCAAAGAAACCAGAUCCUGCAUCUUCAGAAGAUGAUAUUUAAUUCAACAAACAAGGGUGCAUAUACCAGUUAACACUUGAUUACAUCUGGACAUUAAGCAUCCCAAAGGGCACAGUUUACUCUUUCAGAGAACACCCAGUGCCAUCACAGACUUUAUGUGAUCCAUGCAAGUUUCAUCGCUAGUUUGUUUAUGGAAUAUCUAGAUAACUAGUGAGUGAGUGAGUGAGUUGAGUUUUACGCCGCACUUAGCAAUAUUCCAGCUAUAUGGCGGCGGUCUGUAAAUAAUCGAGUCUGGACCAGACAAUCCAGUGAUCAAC